GAUGAAUAUUCGAGAAGCAGGAAUCUUGGGCUUUCAGGACGAUUCAACAUACGAUGUCCACCGCGUGUCGGGAGAUAGUUUUUUGGAAGACGUUUACCACAAAAAUCUACAGAAGAACUCCACAAAUUAUAAUACCACUCCGGCAUCAACAUCAGGACUAUCGUCUGUGCGGGCCAAACAAUACGACACUGCUGUGGUUGCAGUCAAUCCCAAUUCAAAUAAGAUGAGGGGUCUAGAAGUAAAGGAGAAGCUACGUUCCGUACUCGCAGCUGCAGCACUCCUGGUGGACAAGCUUUUUUUGCUGGUACAUGACCAAGGAAGUGAUGGUGAUAAUGAUCAGAGCUCUAGCAGCACCACGCACAUGCACCAAUACUUGCGAAACGAAGUUUUACGCUUGAAUCCCGCUAAUGCAACUGCUUGCACGAUCUUGCCUACGCAUAGUCAAGGUAAAAAUGAUAAAGAUCAGGGUCAACAACAUCAAUCCGCACAACUUCUUUUCGCUGUAUCACAGAUUUCGGCUUUGACUCAAUUUCGACGGAUAGCGCGUUGCGAUGCUGAUGAAGUCAUUCAUACAGCACGACUAGGAACGAACUAUGCUGUUUUGCCAAAGAUUAAGACUUGUUUUUAGUUUAGUCCUGUCCCCUUACGCAAACGCAGUAGAACCACCGAGACCGGGUAGAAGGCAAGCAUGGCCCAGACCACCUAACUCCUGUAUGCCUUAGAUCUCUAAGUUUGUAUUCUCCCUUUCUACUUAGCUUUAAACCCACCUGGCAUACUCGCGGCAUCGCGAAGCAUCCUGGUUUUGACGAUUUUUUACGAAGACUAAACCCCGGUCAUUCCGUCCUCUCAGCGCAGGGAUUGAAUCAGCUGCAUGGAAGUCUGGCAGGAGGAGCGCCAAAAGUGGUUGAUCAUCUUCAAGACUCUCCAGAUGCACCCGCAGAACAAGAUGAUGCCAAUCAACUUGCUUUUCUUCCCGAUGCGUAUAGCUACGCAACCUUGGACGAAUUCGGACUGUUACAGCGACUGAGGCAAGCUGAAUACCGAUAUGGAAUCUGUGCUGACAUUGCCGUGACGGAUACGGUUGGUUAAGGCCUCCGCACAUUUUUUAUCCUGAAGAGCCAGGGCAUCUUUGUCCCAUUUUUGCGGACGAGAAAAACGGUGAAAGAUGCGCUACUUCAAGAUGAAAAUAGUGACGGUCUUCUAAGUCGAGCAAUGGUCUCAGGAUGGCCAAGGCAUGGUAGGAGGCGAUCGCAUGGCAGGGAAAGGGGCUGUCUGCAGCACGCACAACUUUGCUCCUCAUUACAUUCGACAUUUACGACAUCUUUUUUUGGACUUGGAAGAUCUUGGAAGAGGAGGAAGAUCUGAGGGAGAUGGAGCUGUAGAAAGAGUAAAUGAACAACAAGAUAAACAAGACAUCACAUUUUUCCCACAGGAGAUAGAGAAGCAAAAAAUCACUGUUAUAGAAAUCGGUAUGCUCCAAGGUAAUGGGAUAGCCUUGUGGCACGAUUUUUUUCAGGGACGUGCCCGUGUAAUCGGUUUCGAUAUCAACCUUCAUCCCUUCUUGCGCAAUCUUGAUAAGCUCUGGUCCGACAGCGGAGCUUUUGGGAUGCUCCAGGAUGGCGAAGAUCCGAAAACUAGAGACGGACGCGAACACUCUAUACCUCGCAUCCGGCGAAAGCGAACACCCCAACAACAGCAGAUUGAUAAAACUGAACAUGCUUCAGCUGCUCUGUACAAGAACAUAGACAAAGUCAUGCGGCCUGUGCCAUCGUCGACAAGAAGGAGACUGGAAGCUUCUAUCGCCGACAUCACAGGAGAGAAUCUUGUUGACGACCAAGGAACGAUUGAGCACGGGAUGGAGAUACCUACUCUGCUGGAUAGGAUCCAUCCUUUGUUAUGGCCUAGGUUACUACAACUUCUCGGGAAUUCAGAGGAAAUGAAACAAGUGAUGUUAGAGUGAUCAGAAGGGUGUAAAAAGGAGACGCCACAACGAACUAGAGUGAUCAGAAGGGUGUAAGGAGACGCCACAACGAACUACAAAACAGCUGGUGCAACUGGUUAUCAUGUACACUCUAACGCCGCCCGUUCAGCAUGUGCAAUUGGACGAGUUGUAUGGGAAGAACGAGAUGAAAAAGGAACAAAUCGAAGGUGACGAGGGUCAAGAGAAACGUCCUCAACGUGCGAUAGUCGAAGCAUUCUUUUACCACCAACUGGUUGCUUCGCCAACAACUGUGGACCUGGUUCUGAAUGGAGUGGAAAGCUCUCGUAUGGUGAGCCGAGAAGAACAAGAGCUCGAAACCACAACCACAAGCACAGCUAGUAACAUUCUUGCAGGUGGAGCUGAACAACAAGCACCACUUCAACAAGCAGUGUCACCAUCAGUUCGUCUUUCUUUCAAUGCUCGUUAUCCUAUGCCACUGAGCCCAGCUCCAGCAAUUAUGCGCGGUCUACGUUUGAUCGGCAUGGGCAUGGCAGGAGAUAAGACGGGCAGUACUUCUCCCGGUGUUGUUGAUGAAGGGGAACAAGUUCAAGAUGAGAUUACAUCACAUCAAGUAGGAGUAGAGCAUGCUGGCUCAACAUCUGCUCAACGCCCCGGAGAUGAGGCAACUACAUCUUCGAUAUCAUCAUCACUCGAAAACGAGGAAAACUUGGUAGAAGGAGACGAAGGAGAUGCUGGCACUUUGCUUCCUAUCUCCACACCUUUAUUUAUUGAGAAUCAAUUUGACAGAGCUGGUCGUGAAAAGACUGAUCCAAAAACGGGUACAAGUAGAAUUGCUCGCUCCCCAAUAGUCCGCAACCCCCGCAUCCCUGACAACAUCAAGGUGAUCAUUGACGACGCCUCACAUGAAGAGUAUUUAACUUGGAAAACGUUCGUUUUGUUCGAAUACUACCUCAACACGGGAGAUGACUGGGUGUAUGUGAUCGAAGAUUGCGCUUGCACAGGGUUGAUGAACUCGCUAAGGCAGGCUUAUCCGCGUCUCUGGCUGUACCAGUAUACUGAUGGUUCGCGAUCUCGCAUUCUUUUCAUUCGGCCAACACCGGUCGCGCCAGAGCACGACCCAGCGGUGAUGCUGGAAGGAAUGGGCGGUGGACAUGACCAUGAGAGCACUACUUUUACUAGAUUCAGUGCAAAAAUUAGUUCUUCAAAGUCAAGAAGGUCUGAAGAUGAGUUAUCCGUGGGUGGAC